CCUAAUUCUAAUCCAUAAUAUUAACACCUCCAAGUCCCUCUCCACUCCAACACCCACAGGCCACCACCAUCAUCGUUAACCACUCCGGUCAUCAUCGGUCCAUCAUUGUUCACCAACCACCACUGUUGUUUCUUGAUAGAAAACCCGAAGACAUAAGGAAAAAAAAAAAAGGGUGUCGUUUCCAGGCAUCAAAGAAGUGAAAGCAGAAGAAAACGCCUAGGCAGCAGCCAUAACAAUUAACGACAGCAAUGGAGGAGGCAAGUGAAGAAAAGAAAGGAGGCGGCGGCGGAAACAAAGAAGGGACCGAUUUGCUGGGACCUCCAACCUUCUCGGAACUCCCAAACGGCAGGCUCAAGUGCGUUGAAACAGGCCACGAGAUGAUCGUCAAAGACAAGGAUUCCUAUGCUCACAGUAAACGUUGUCGUUUAGGCCUUAUCGACUUUGCUUUGUCUCACUCUAAGCCCCCUCUCAACAUGUUCAAACAAGACCCUCUUUCCCGUUCGAAGUUGAUUUGUAAACUAACUGGUGAUACCGUCAAUAAGUCUGAGGAACAUAUUUGGAAGCAUAUCAAUGGGAAACGGUUUCUCAAUAAAUUAGAGCAAAAGGAAAUGGAGAAGGAGUUGAAUGAUGAAACCAUGUGCGAGGAAGGUGAGAAGAAGCCAAAGAAAGUAAAAAAUAAGAAGAAGAAGAAGAAGGAAAAGGAAAAGUUAGUUGAAGAAAUUAUCUCCGAAGUUAGAGAUUCAGCUGAAAAUGAAAGUGAGUCUGAAGAACUUGAGUUCUGGAUUCCCCCGGUUGGAGACCGUUGGGACUUUGAUGACGGAGGGGAUCGAUGGGGUUCUGGUUCAGAGUCAGAUGAAAGUGAUGAUGAAAACGAACCAGAGGCUGUGGUUGAAGAACGCAAAAAGGAGUCCGAAGAGCUUUCUACAAGAGCAAAGAGAAUGACAAUAGAAAUCGGACCGAGCAGCUUUGCAUCAAGGAAGAAGAAGAGUCGGAAAAACACAAGCAGCUAAGUUGCCCUUAUGGCUUGUGAAGGCGAGUAUUUUUGGCAUGUAAUUCAGCUACAAAUUUUUCAGUUUUUUGUUUGGCAAAAUAGAAAGGCAAAUUCCCAAAGCCCUUUGGAUUAAAUGGUUUUAAUUGUAGUAAAUUUGACUUGCUCUUUUGAUUUACCUUAAUCUACUUUUGCUAGUUUGUGGA